AUGGCUGAGGAGGGAGCAAUCUACACUUAUCUAACCCACCCGGCAGGCUCCCUGCCCAGCGACAGGUCGGCCCUGGCUCAGCAUCACACUUGUCCGCAGUGCCUGCUUUGGCAUCGGAUCGCUCUGCGGGUGGGCUGGGCCGGGAACAUCGUCCUGCUGGGAGCUGUGAUAGCGCUGGCUGUCCUGGUUGGUCAGUGCCCAUCCCAGACUCGCCCAACAGCAGCCGUCGUCCAGCAGACCGCUCAGCAGAGCAAUUCAUGUGAGAUCAAUGAAAACACACCAGCGUGCAACCGUACAUUGGAGGGUUUCCGAUCUUACCUGAAGCGAAAUUUGUGUGGGGUGGAAAACAGCUCAGCCGGCUCCGGGUGCAAACUCUGCCCCAGGCACUGGGUGCCGCACAUGGACAAGUGCUACUGGCUGUCGGAAGAGAAUCAGUACUGGAGCUGGGGCCGUGAUGACUGCUCACGGAGGGGGUCUCACCUGCUCAUGAUCCAGGACCGGGAGGAGCUGGAGUUCACACAGAAUCUUACAGGAAAUCGUAUUCCGGCGUGGAUUGGACUCAACAUCACCUCCCCUGGGAGGAAGUGGACCUGGGUGGAUGGUUCCCCGUUAAAUCAAACACUAUUCACGGUAUCGGGUCCUGCGGAAGAGAACAGCUGUGCUGCAGUCAAGAAGACUCAGAUCAAGUCUGAAAUCUGCAACACUGACUAUAAAUGGAUUUGCCAAAAGGAAGCUGUGCUCAUUUAACCGGCUGGA